AUGGUCCGUGCUUCCACGCCGCCGCCGCUGACAGUGUUUGCUUCCGCAGACCUGCCGCCAAGGGCUGCAGGGGCUAGAAGUCUCGGGGCGAGGACAAAGGCGGUGUUCCCGCCGCGUUCGUCAGUGAAAAGAGCGGCACCUCCAAUUGGACUUCCGCCACCUGUUCGUCCAAAGAACCCUGCGCUACCAAUUGGAUUGGCGCCGCCACCGCUUGCGAAGAAAGCUCGACCGCUUCCGCCGCCAUCUCUUCCAAAGAAAGCUCGGCCAUUUCUGCAACCCGCUCUUCGGCCAAAGAAAGCUCGACCGCUUCCGCCGCCAUCUCUUCCAAAGAAAGCUCGGCCACUUCUGCAACCCGCUCUUCGGCAGAGAGCGUCAGCAGCACCGCAUGCAGCAGGAGCAGAUGUAGAGGCAACAGCAGGAACAGUUGCAAAGGCAAAGGCUACUCCUUCAGAAGCUGCAGCAGAUCUGGAGCUCCCUUCGCCUCAAGCGUCAGCAGCACCGCAUGCAGCAGGAGCAGAUGUGGAGGCAACAGCAGGAACAGUUGCAAAGGCAAAGGCUACUCCUUCAGAAGCUGCAGCAGGCAUGGUUGUGGAGGCCAGCCCAUCUGUGUCCAAGUCAGCCACAGAAACAGUGAUGGAGGCGGAGGGCACCGAGAGCAGCUCUGUGAGUGGCAAUCCCGCAGUGCCCACAAGUGUGAAGGCAGAAACUAUGCUACCUGCUUUGGACGUGGUCAUGUCGUUGCAGGCCGCUUUGCCACACUUAUCCAGAGCAGCUGCUGCGGAUGUGAAGGCAGCACUACAAGCCCUUGGCACCCCUUUGACGCUAGAGGCAGGCUUAUCUUCUUCGAAGGUGUCAGCAGACGCAGUGGUGGAGGCCAGCUCAUCUUGUGCGACGACUUCAAAGGUUCCAGCAGGAACAGCUAUAGAGGCAAGCUCAUCUUCUUCGAAGGUGUCAGCAGAAGCAGUGGUAGAGGCCAACUCAUCUUGUGCGACGACUUCAAAGGUUCCAGCAGGAACAGCUAUGGAGGUUAGCCCAUCAAGUGUCAAGUCUGCAGCAGGGGCGGUUGUGGAGGCAACAGGAGGAACAGCUACGAAGGCAAGUUCAUCUGUGUCGAAGCUUGCAGCAGAAACGGUGGUAGAGGUGGUGACUUUGGAGCUGCGUUCCCUGGAGCAACGGUUAAACUACGGCAGCGUUUCGGCUGGCGCCAUGGAUGAGGCCAAGGAGGCCAUGGCCAAGGAGCUGGCGGAGCAACAGGUGCAACUGGAGCAGCGCCGGGAGGAGGUGGUGAAGUUGGAGGAAUCUUUGGAAGUCGCGCAGGCCAGGGAAGGGCUUGCAACAGCAUGGCAGCUGUAUUGCGAGCAUUUUGCAGACGGGCAGUGCGAUGUAGCGAGUAAAACCGAUGAUUUCCUCCGGGAUUUCUUGACUCGCGCCUUGAGUUGA